CUUUCUUGCUUUCAUAUUGCUGAUCUUGUUGUUCUUGUUCUUCUUGAAUAGAUGUUAGUCAGUUGCUUUAAAAUGACAAAAAGUGGUGUCUUGUUUACUCUCAUUACUCUUAGUUUCUGCUACCUUGCCUUUGCAUUUGAACCUGCACCCCUCCAGGAUUUCUGCGUCGCAGAAACUAAUAGCUCAGCAAGAGUGAAUGGUCUAGCCUGCAAGAAUCCCAUGCUAGUUGAAGCCAAUGAUUUCUUCUUUAGCGGUCUCCAUAUUACAGGAAACACGUCAAACUCUGUUGGGUCGAAGGUCACUCCAGUGACUGUGGCUCAGCUAACAGGGCUCAACACCCUUGGCAUCUCAAUGGCACGCAUUGACUAUGCUCCAUGGGGAAUUAACCCUCCCCACACCCAUCCUCGAGCCUCUGAAAUACUCACAGUUUUAGAAGGCUCCCUUCAUGUUGGAUUUGUUACCUCAAACCCUGAUAACCGCCUCAUUACUAAGGUCCUCCAGAAGGGUGAUGUGUUUGUCUUCCCAGUGGGACUUGUUCAUUUCCAACAUAAUGUUGGGUAUGGACAUGCAGUAGCAAUUGCCGCGUUGAGCAGCCAAAACCCAGGAGUCAUAACCAUAGCAAAUGCAGUUUUCGGAUCAAAUCCUCCCAUUGCUAGUGAAGUUCUCGCCAAGGCGUUCCGAGUGGACAAGAACGUGGUUGAUCAGCUCCAAUCUAAGUUUUAAGACAGCAACAAAUCAAGGGUAGUGAAGAAAAUUUUAUAUAUUUGUUUCAUUGUUUGAUUUAUCUCAUGUUUUGAUUGCUUGAUUUCAAAGAAAAAAAAGAAGAAGCAUAUUCCCAUGAGGAAAUAAUUUCAUGGAGAUUCUCUAGCAAGUUCUUUCAAUUGUAUUUGUUUUUUGUUAUUUUUUUUUUCAAUUAAUACUAUUAAUUAAUGACAAUGUUUCUACUGUUUCCUGA